CCCCAGCUUUCCUUCUAAUUGCAAAAUUGCCACCGCUUCCUUCAGCUCUUGCCCGUGCUCCUCUUUGUCCGAAAAGAACCUAUGCUACUUCCCCCAGCUUCUUCGACAAGCUUGAUUUGAAAUACCGCCCACAGCUUCUCCACAACUCAUUUCAGGCCGGAGAUGAAGAGGAUUCUUAGCGUUUAUUCACGUCGGAAGACAUGCUACAGGGUACUUUUGUUUCUGAUUAUGUCGUCUCUUUCCAGAUCGAUUUCAGUUGAAUUUCGUCCGGAAACUGUUUGAUGAGUUGUCCAAAAGAACAAGAUCGAUGAAUAUAUCACUAUUCAGACCCACUUUUAGGCAUAUUAUGAGGAACCAGUGUACAUAAGACUUCUCAGGUCUUCCAUAUCUAUAUCCCCUCUUGAACUGCUUGAUUUGUGCCUGGUAUGGCAGGCCCUUUAUGUUAGAUGAUAACGUGGUUGAUAACUGUAACCUUAUACAGUUACAAUUAUUUUAUAUAUCUUGAACACAGUGGUUGCCAAUGACAGGGCUAAUAGCAAUAGCAGUGUCAAAAGUAGGUUUGCACGCAUAGCUGUGAAAUUCACUCAAAGUUGUGAAAUUUGCUUUUGCUGUGAAAUUUUUAUGUGCGAAAAAAUGGUUUGGUUUCCCCAGCAGAGAAGGCUCCCGGGGAGAGUUGGACAAUGCAGGAUUGAACUCCAUGGUCUGGAAACAACGUCUGUGACCAUCCUACAAUGAUCGAGGUGAUAUUUUAUUAUGUUAUAACAAAAACUUUGUCUUUUAAGUUACAUAGCACUGCUUUCUGAGUUUGUAUAUUGUUGGCAUAAUAUAAAACUAAAGAUUUAGUAUUCAAUCUCAUAUUUAUAUUUAUAUCUAUCUAUCUAUAAUUUGUUAUAGUCAUUGGAGUAUACUGUUUUGUACUUUGUCACUAUACAGUAGCCUAUAUUGGUAUUUGCAUGUGGGUUGUGUUAAGUUUGUGCCCCCUCUGAUUAUAUUUAGUAUCUCUAAAAAUGUUACUCAUUAGAUUAUUAUGAACAUGGAAUCAUGUUUGUGAGUCAUCAGCCAAGAUUCAUUUGUAAGUAUUUUAUAUAAUUGCAAUAUAUUUUAAGCACCUAAUUUUUAAUAUUUAUGUUCAUUUAAUUUUGAAUUGCACUAUAUGUUCAUUUGCACGAUAUGUUAAUGAUCUGAUUUUUCAUUGCAUUUCUUAUUUAAGUGUGAAUUGUAGAUUUGGAAGUACCGAAUAUGUGUGAACUCUUAAUUUAUGAAUUGUAAUUUGUUCUCUAACUGUUUGAUAUAAUGCACAUGACUGAUGAGCUUUGCGCUGAUUUGUCAGCUUGGCAACUACAAUUCCUUUGAGGGUGUUCUGUAUUGCAGGCCACACCUUUCACUCUUUCAGUGUUCACUCUUCAGCUUCUCGCACAAGAUGUGCACAUUAUUCAAUGCUCCAUAACUGAUUGCACUGAUUUUGGUUUGUUGUAGCAUAACUGUUUGAUUAAAAUCCUGUGAGAAUUUAUCUAUUUUUUCUGAUUUCCACUAAUCUUAUUCGUAUUUGUUUGUUUUGCAGUUUGAGAUGUGUGAAUUUGUUGAAAUCAUACACCAGACGAAGCGAUGGAGCACCUUACACAGGCUAUCUUGCUCAAUCCUGCAUUAGCUAUCACCUCCUGAGUCUAUGGUGCCAGACCCUCACAAUUUAGAGUUAUUGCUAAAGGUGAACGGAGAAAUUUGGCAGAAAAGAUCAACUGCAGAUAUGAUAUUUAAGAUACCAUUUCUUAUAAGCCACAUAAUUCACUUAUGACUCUUAUUGAAGGAGAUUUUAUACUAACAGGUAAUAUUACACAGAAGUCUGCAUCUUUAUGAGUAAUUACUGAAGAUAUUGAGUGCAUUCUUCUAGCUCCAUGACAUAAUCUUGCAGCAACCCCACAACUUAUUGCCACUUUUUGAAGUACGUAUAAGUUCAUUAAUGAAUACCAGAUGAAAGUUUUUAUCCCAUAUGUAUCUGCACUAUUUUCUUCACAAAAUAUCAUUCUAGACUCACAUAAUUUGAAUAAUCACAGUACAAAACAACGAAUAGCAGUAUAGCGCGCGCACACACACAAGGUAAUGUAGUAUGUAGAAGAUGUUUUACCUUUAAAUUUUAAUCUCGGGAUCAUGACAGAUCGUCUUAGACAACGUUAUUUUACCACAUCCCCCUGGAGCUAUAAUAAGAAGAUUUCAAUGCUGGAUAACUUAAUUAAACUAUUGACUAAGUGUGGAUCUACAAGAGAAUGAUUUAUGGUAUUAAAAGAGCGAGCUAAAGCAGGGGCAAAGUUGAUAGUGUAAUUAAACAUUGUUUACCUGCUUGGGAGCUCUUUAACAAUUUAAAGUUAGUUUUUAGUAGAACCAGGAACUUAUAAGCAAAGUCGGGUGAAAUUUAUGUUUGGAUGUUUAGAUUGUGGUUUUUGUUAUUGCAGAUCCCAUUAACUACUUUAAUAUUGAUAAAUUGAGCAAAUUUAAUAUGCACAAGACUUCUGGAAACUCAUCUUAUAUAUUUAUCUAAGCAAAAGCUGAAAAUAUUCACUCAAGUUGAACAUAUACAGGUACAGGAAUCCGUAUAUUCAACUAUAGUGAAAUUCUGCUUGAAAAGUUUGCAUAAUUCAAUUGUAUAUGCAGUUCUCAAGGUCUAUGUUAAAGGAAACUGCUGAAGAUGAAGCUGCUGUCAAUUUCCUGCUUGACGAGAUUUUGUUGUUGGAUGAGCCCACAAGUGCUUUUGGAUCCGAUAUCAACUCUAUACAUAGAGGAUGUUUUAGUGAAGCUGAAGACAAAUCAAGAAAUGACUAUUAUUAUAGUUUCUCACAGCAUCAAACAGAUCCAGAGAGUUGUGGAUGUCAAAUGGAAUGGACUACAUUGGAGAUGAAGGGGAUUCCACAAAUUCGUGGCACCUGUUCACCUCUGGCGAUAUGGUCCAAGAGUGUCCCACUGCUAAAGAUCCCGUGUUUUCUGAGGAUUCUAACAAUGUUUAUUCUUAUGGUCGGGAGAAAGCAGAAGCAAGAUCACUAAAGCAAGAAGCAGAGAAACCUUUAAAGCAAAUAUUAGCCUGUGAAGAUAGAUUAGUCAGUAUGGAUGCUUCUCUGAAGGAGUGUAUGCAGCAGUUGCGUUUUGCGCGAGAAGAGCAAGAAAAAAGGAUUUACGAUGCUAUCCGUAAAUCAAGAGAAUAUGAAGAACAUCCAUUAUCCUGCUAUAUCCUUUAAAUUUUAUGAGAAGAAUUUUAAGAGAAUAUGAAGAACUGAUACAUUGUCCUGCUAUAUCCUGCAGAGAAACUUUUAAAUUUUUUGUUAUGAUAAAAUUAUAUAUACCUCAAGAUAAUUUUUUAUGUUAUCAAUAUUUAUUGACAGUGUCA